AUUUUUCUGACCCGGAAGUAAACUUCAUCCACAUAAGCGCACGUGCGGAAGUGAGGUAGCAGAGCAAUCUGAUCCGACUCUCUGACAGGUCCAGAUUUAUCCAUUGCCACCAUGGGAAAGUCCAAACAAACAGGAAACCACAAAAGUGACAAGAAGAAGAACAUCGCAAAAACAUGGAAGACUAAGCGCAGGACCAAAGACCUGGACCAGAUCCACUCAGACAUGAAGCCUGAAACAGCUGCUAAACUCCUGCAUCAGGAGGUGGACUACGAUGUGACAGGAUGUGCUCAACACUACUGUUUACACUGCGCGAGAUAUUUUGUGGACAUGAAAGCCUUGAAAGAGCAUUUUAAAAGUAAAGUGCACAAAAAACGGCUGAAGCAGCUCAGAGAGGAGCCGUACACCCAGGCAGAGGCAGAGAGAGCAGCAGGGAUGGGCUCCUACAUCCCUCCUAAAGCAGUUGAAGUGAAGACACAGCCCAUUGAGGAGGACAUGGACUGAGAGCUGCACAUUUAAACCAGAUGGACUGAUGAACUCAGUAACAGAAACAUUUAAAACAGAUGAAUCUUCUGUUGUCUGUGUGCCUUCUCAAAUGUCUAAUGCAUUGUUGCAUUCUCUGACCCCCUUUGAGCCUGUCUAUCAGGCGUCUGUGUGUCACUGGGAUCAGGGGAGUCUUACCUCAUACAGACUGCUGUAACCAAGCAUGUUCCUAUGUAAAUAAUUAGCAUGUGUAGAACUUUGUCAAAUACUAAUAAACCAAAAGAGAGAGUGGA